AUUGGCGCCUUCCUGCUUCCGCCGAUCUUAGGAGCCGCGGUGUAAUUGGAUAACAUCUAGUCAAGGGGGCAGGAUUCCAGGCUGGUUUCCGCUAAUCGAUUAGCCUGCAAGAUGGAGGAAGGUGGGAAUCCUGGAAGCCUGACUAAGAUGGUCCAUCUACUGGUCUUGUCAGGUGCCUGGGGCAUGCAAAUGUGGGUGACCUUCGUCUCAGGCUUCCUGCUUUUCCGAAGCCUUCCCCGACAUACCUUCGGCGCCGUGCAGAGCAAACUCUUCCCCUUCUACUUUCACAUCUCCAUGGGCUGUGCCUUCAUCAACCUCUGCAUCUUGGCUUCACAACAUGCCUGGGCUCACCUCACAUUCUGGGAAGCCAGCCAGCUCUGCCUGCUGUUUCUGAGCCUGGCGCUGUCCACCAUCAACGCCCGCUGGCUGGAGCCCCGCACCACAGCUGCCAUGUGGGCCCUGCACGCGGUGGAGAAGGAGCGGGGCCUGGGUGGGGAGGUGCCUGGCAGCCACCAGGGCCCAGACCUCUACCGCCAGCUGCGAGAGCAGGACCCCAAGUACAGGGUCCUCCGCCAGACCUUUUUCCGUUACCACGGCCUGUCCUCCCUCUGCAAUCUGGGCUGCCUCUUGAGCAAUGGGCUGUGCCUUGCAGGCCUUGCCCUGGGCCUCAGGAGCCUCUAGCACCCGCUGCCUCUCUGGCCCUGCUGGGGGCCCCAAGGUCAAUAAACACGUCUUUGGAAAUGG